AUGCGCCGGUUGACUUUACAGGGAACUCGGUGGCAUCAGCAUGCGCUCAAAAAAUGCCUCCCUAGUCGCUCUCCCUCGCUCUUAAGCCUCCCUCGACCAUUCUCUACUAGAGCAACACUCUAUUCUCACGACAGAAACCCGAAAGUGACCGUUCGCAACUUUGAGCAGUCGAUUACGAAUAGCAAUGAUUAUUUCGAGGUUGAUCCAGAGACACCAGACCUGGUGGAGCAAGGCAGGGUGAAGGAGGAGCUCAAAAGACUGGAAAAGGAGCUGGACGUUCUUAAGGAUGGGCCUUUUGCCCUAGAUGGUGAAUUUAUGAGGAGCCUGUCCGAGGAAGAUAGAAAAAGGGCCGUGGAAGCUAUCACCAAAUAUGCGGCAGAACACAAUUGGAAAGAGGAGGAUGAGAGGGAUGAACAGUUGAAAAGCCGCCUAAGCACAAAGCUCAACAAGUCUUUGCAGGAGGAAUUGGAUAAUUUUGAAGCGGAGGAAGAAGAGCUAUGGGAUCCUACCAAAGAGCUAUCCGAUCCGAAUCAAGCUACCGAGCCUGCUGAACAGACGAAAGAGCCCUACGAGGUCGAACUAAAGGUCCCGGAAAGCCACCACGCAUAUGUCACGAGGUUUAACAAGGCUUUGAAAGCUCUGAGAAACAACCCAAGCCUCGCCGAAAGGCAAUUUGCCUGGAAAUCCUAUCGCCGGUGUAAAGAAGCUCUUCCAUUCUUCCUCGAUAUUGCCCCAGAGGAGUCUAUAGCCAUGCUGUGGGAAUCCCAACGCCCCAGCUUAGCCUCUGAGAAGAUACCUCCGCAUCAUCUCACAAUCCUAGCCGAAGAUAUACUUACCAGUGGACGAAUCCUAGAGGCGCACCAAUGGGUUGAUUAUAUGGAUGCCGUUUGCAGAGACGGCCAGAAGGAAAAGGCCCUCACGCUAUGGAGAGAAAGGGAACCAGACUUGGCAGAAUAUACUGCAUACGAGAAAAAACAGUAUUGGGACCUGGGUGUUCGCUUGUUUGUGGCCAAUUCAAGGCCGAAAAAUGCGCAAGAUGCUGCGCUGGUAUACCUCUCGCUGGACCCGUCUCAUAGUGCCCGGAUACUCAUUCCAGUCAUUAACUGCUGGGCCCAGAGUGAUAGCCCUGAAAACGAUGCUCGUGCUUGGACGCUCUAUCUACAUCUCAAAACAACACUGGGAACAGAUAUCACAAUGGAUGAUUAUGACGCAAUCAGCGUCGGCUUACUCAAAUCUGGCAAAGUCAACAUGGCCCUAGCCGUUUUUAAAGAUAUGAUGUUAACCGGCCAGAAUGCGUCUACAGAGUCGGAUGCUCUUUAUAAAGCUUCUCUUGGGCUUGUUGGGAAACUUCAUUCUGACAGUAUUAACGAGUCAGACGUGAACAGGGUUUCCCUCGCAGCACUAACUAUUCUUCCUCGAAAGUUCCAAAACAAGUUCUUUUAUGCUAGCUGGCUUAAAAAACUGAUCGGAAUGCAUGAACUUGACGCUGCGGCAAAGGUCAUCGAGCUAAUGUACGAGAGAGGAGUGAAGCCAGAUGCUAAACACGUCAACGGCCUAAUGGGAGCAUGGCUUCGUGAAGGAAGUAGCUCUAGCAGGAGAAAGGCUGAGGAACUCGGGUGGGCUAUGAUCCAAAAACGAGUUGAUCGUGUUUGGAGUAAUCAGCCUGAAAAGCCCUCUGUCAGUGAUGCUCAUCCUGAAGGCACCAUCCCAGAACAUGUGCAACGGACUGUUCCUGAGGCAACUAUAGAGACAUUUUCAAUUCUUCUGCUGCACUAUACACGGCGAGAUAAAAAUACUUUGAUCAACUAUCUCGUGGAAUGUCUAGAUAAAGCCCACAUUCGACCCAAUACAUUUUUUGCAAACCAUCUUCUUUACAGGGAGCUACGGAAACAGAAUAUAUUAGGGGUUUGGUCGGGAUACAAGAGUGCAAUGUCUACCAUUAAACCCGACCUCGAAACAUUUGCGUGCCUCUGGGAUUGUGGGAAAAUUCAGUAUGACAGAACUCGUUCCUGUUUCAACGCACAAUUUCCUUCAGCUCGCGCGUUAUACCGUGAAAUGAAUCAGUGGUAUUCAAGCCUCUCUCCACACCAUCAGAAAGGUACACAGAAUGCAUUCUCAAAGGAUCUCUACGAUCAUAUCAUAAGAUGUUUCUGCCUUUCACUUGACCCCGAAGGAACCAUAGUUGCUCUACGAGCUAUGAAGCAGGCAUAUGGAUUCUUCCCAGAUGCCGACACUGCUAGAAUCCUUGUUUUUCUUGUUGUGCGUUUGAUUCCCACGGGCGAUGAAGCAACGCUACCCAAGCGGCGCCACAGACGAAUUUCUUCCACCCCCCGAGCCAAAGAAAAUAUUCAGUAUGUAGGCAAUCUCCUUAACAGGUUGCGUGAGCAGAAGACGGUACAAGCUGCCAAGGAAGGGAUAUACCUUGAUGAUAUGGGUGAAGAAUUCCAUAUGGAGUUUGAGGUGGACCUGAUGUGCGACCUUUUACGACUUGUUCUACGAAGCAUGCCGAAAGAUCCAGCCAAAAUUGAAGACAGAAUACAGGCUGCGGCGAAUGAUAUGGGUGUGGGCGACCUCUACCUUGGUGAACCACCUUCGUACGAUGCAUAA